GCGCCGGGACGCUGUGGGUAGGAGAGGCGCACAGCGGCCGCGCGGGAAGUUCGGAGCGAGUGGUGGGGUCAGGCAAGUCCCGCGGGUGCGCACGGCCAUGGAGGACUACGAGCAGGAGAUGCACGGCGUCGAAGACAACUUCCACAGCCAGUUCGCGGCCGAGCUUGAGGUGCUGGCCGAGUUGGAAGGGACAGCGGCCCUGUCACCUUCCAGGAGCCCCCGGCCCACGGUGGGCCGGAUCCGGCUUACUUUCGAAGAGGCUAUUGCUGGAGGGGACGUUGCUACUCCUUGCACUCCAGGUGGACCUUCAGAAUACCGAAAGGGCAGUGCCAAGAAGAGGCAGCUGGCCACCAACGUCCAGAGGGACAGGCCCCUGCUCCAAACCCCCAGGGUCAAGCGGCCCAGGCUGGAGGCGGUCAAGAGGCUGAACUUCGGCUUGGAUGAGAUGGAAGAGCCGCCGCUUCCUGACUUCUCUCCUCAGGACAUCACCCCCCCACCGAGUCCUGAGAUCCCCGCUGAUCUGUGGGGCGAGAGGCCCAUGGAUGCUGGUGCUGACACGAGUCUUAUACAGACAUCACCAGCCACCCACAAUCCUGUCCUGAGGCGACCCCCUAUUCUGGAGGACUAUAUCAAUGUGACCUCAACAGAUGGUGAUCGGGUCUUUCUGGUGCUUCGGGCUGACCCAGUGGGAACUGGGGUACAGAGCCCUUUCCCGGACAUCCGGUGGCGUGGCCGUGGCCAGCUGGACUUGCUAGGUGUGUCCUUCGCCUCUCUGAAGGAGCAGGUCAACAAUGAGCGGCGGCAACGAUUGCUCGAAGAGGCACAGCAGCUCUCAGAUACACUGCACAGCCUCAGGUCAGAGGAGAUAGAGGAAGAGGCCCAGUCCUUGGGGGCCCUUGAGGAGGAGCCAGCCAAGAGCCAAGACGACUCCCAGCACUGCCUAUGGGUGGACAAGUUUGCGCCCCAGCACUACACGGAACUGCUCAGUGACGACUUCACCAACCGCUGCCUCCUCAAGUGGCUAAAGCUGUGGGACCUGGUGGUGUUCGGCCGAGAGAGGCCAGCCCGGAAGCCCAGGCCCAGUGUGGAGCCGGUCCGGGUUGGCAAGGAGGCCACAGCCUCCAGCAAGUGGAAAAGCCACGAGCAGGUGUUAGAAGAGAUGCUGGAGGCUGAGCUGGACCCGAGCCAGCGGCCCCGGCAGAAGGUGGCGCUGCUGUGUGGACCUCCAGGGCUGGGCAAGACCACUCUGGCCCAUGUGAUUGCAAGGCAUGCUGGGUACUGUGUGGUAGAAAUGAAUGCAAGUGAUGACCGCAGCCCUGAGGCCUUCCGCACGCAUAUCGAGGCUGCUACGCAGAUGGAGUCGGUGUUGGGUGCUGGUGGGAAGCCUAAUUGCCUGGUCAUUGACGAAAUCGAUGGGGCCCCCAUGGCUUCCAUCAAUGUGCUCCUCAGCAUCAUCGACCGCAAGGGCCCAAAGGAGGCAGAGCCUGGGGACCUGGCUGUGCCAGCGGGCAGGGGGCGGCGGCGGCGGGCAGAGGGAGGGCUCCUGAUGAGGCCAGUUAUCUGCAUCUGUAAUGACCAGUUUGCACCCUCCCUGCGGCAGCUGAAGCAGCAGGCCUUCCUGCUCCACUUCCCACCCACACUGCCCUCCAGGCUUGUGCAGAGACUGCAGGAGAUCUCUGUACGUCAAGGCCUGCAGGCCGACCCAGGUGUGCUGGCAGCCCUUUGCGAGAAAACAGACAAUGACAUCCGUGCCUGCAUCAACACCCUGCAGUUCCUGCAUGGACAGGGCCAGCGGGAGCUGAGUGUUCGGGCUGUGCAGACCACACAAGUUGGCGUCAAGGAUCAGCGCAAGGGGCUCUUCUCUGUGUGGCAAGAGAUCUUCCAGCUGCCUCGAGCCCAGAGGCGACGUGUGGGCCAGGACCCUACUCUGCCCACCCACAUGCUCCUGCUGGGUGACGGGCUCACGGGCUGGGGACCCCAUGCUGCCGAGGCACCCUUGACCAUGGCCGCACAGCGGUUCUACCACAUCCUGCAUGUGGCCGCCUCCACAGGCGAGCAUGAAAAGAUGGUUCAGGGCCUGUUUGACAACUUCCUUCGCCUGCGGCUGCGGGACUCCAGCCUUGGCACCGUGUGCGUGGCGCUUGACUGGCUAGCCUUUGAGGACUUGCUGGGCCAGGCCGCCCACCAUGGCCAGAGCUUCCAGCUGCUGCGCUACCGGCCUUUCCUGCCUGCAGUUUUCCACGUGCUGUUCGCCUCCAGCCACGUGCCAAGGAUCGCCUUUCCAAGUAGUCAGCAGGAGGCCCAGAACCGGAUAAGCCGGGUGCAGAACCUGAUUCAGACACUGGUGUCAGGUAUCACACCGGCCACCCGCAGCCAAACCUCGCCCCAAGCCCUUGUCCUGGACACCCUCUGCCUUCUCCUGGACAUCCUUGUGCCUAAGCUGCGCCCUGUGAGCACACAGCUGUACAGCACCCGUGAGAAGCUGCAGCUGGGUAGCCUUGUGGGCACCAUGCUUGCCUAUAGCCUAACCUACCGCCAGGAGCGCACGCCCGAUGGGCAGUAUGUCUAUAGGCUGGAACCGAACGUGGAGGAGGUGUGCCGCUUUCCUGAGCUGCCUGCCCGAAAGCCCCUCACCUACCAGGCCAAGCAGCUCAUUGCCCACGAGAUUGAAGUGGAGAAGAUGCGGCGGGCAGAGGCCUUGGCCCGGGAUAGGGACAGCUCCCAGGUAGACGGGAGGCCCCCCAAGACCGAGAGUCCACAGGGGGAUGCUGGGGGAAAAGGGAUACAGCCGCCUACCCCACGCAGCCAUGAACAGUGGCUGGAGCGCAUCCUGAAGAGAGCUGCCCAGGAGGACCAGGCGGAGAGAGAUUUCUUCGGCCGUGUGGUUGUCAGAAAAGCAGCAGCCCUAAGCACAGAGGACACAGCCCCUGAGGUGGAUGCAGCUGAGCGGCGCAUGGGCACUGCAGUGGGCAGAAGUGACGUCUGGUUCCGCUUCAAGGAGGGCGUAUCCAAUGCUGUUCGGCGCAGCCUGCAUAUCAGGGACCUGCUGUAGCCGGGCCACACCAGAUGCCAUGGGAUCACAUUGGACACCCCAGUCCACACUGGACUCUCUGGGGUUACGCUGGAUGCCCUGGUCCACACUGGACCCCUAGAUCCAUGCCAGAUGCCCUGAGGCCAUACCAGACCCCUGGUGUCCACUCCAGACACCCUGAAAUCAUGACUGACACUCUGUGGUCAUGCUGAAUAUCCCCAGAUCAAUACCAGAUGCCCUGGCAUUGCUUUCUUUUCAUUAGAAAAUGUAUAAAAGCACAGACAUCCUGGAAA